UAGCAGUCAAGUGACUCCCGGAAGUUUUUGUUUCCUCACCUGUCAGUUCUGACACGGUGCGAGAGUCCAUCCUCUUCUCUUUGUUUUUCUUCGGGAAACAGGUCGUCUUUUUUCAAGAAUAAAUGAUAAUCCUGUGUGGUCAACUGAUACCUAAUUGAGGACAUCUUUUAACACGGUCUUCUUCUAUCUGCGUCAGAGUUGGCCUGUGCAGGCAUGGAGGCCCUGGCAGUGGAUGAUGACAUUUGCAUCCUUAAACAUGAGACAGCCUACACCGCAGCGGGAGAGAGUCCUGUAUCGGUGUGUGCCGGCGAUGAAUCUGUCGCUUCCCACUUCGCCCUGGUCACGGCCUAUGAGGACAUCAAGAAGAGGCUGAGAGACACAGAGCGAGAGAAUACCUUGCUGAGGAAGAGGGUUAAGCAGCUGGAGGACAAGCUGUUCAGGCCGGAGGCUCCUCCAUCAGAGAGUCCCCAGUACGUGAACAAGGCCUUCAGUGCUUACCGAGGUAUCUAUAUAGAGAAGGAGGACCUGCAGCUGGAGCUUAACAAACUGAAAAAGGAGAAGAGUGAGAGUGAGAGGUUGCUGACGGAGCAGCUGCAGGCCAAAGAGUUGGAGCUGCUUCAGCUGAGGACGGAGAUGGAGACCAGUCAUGGUACAGUGAUUAAGAGCUUGAACAGCCCUCAGGACUACUGGUCGGUGGACAGGAUCAGCACUGAGCUAAAGAUCCACAAACUGCAGAAGGAUCUGGAGAAAGUGACACUGGAAAACAGUAGACUGCUGGAGAGAAGUGGGGAGGAACCCCUUGGCCUUAACGGACCAGACUUGGACCAGAUCUGUGAUGCAAAAUAUAAUGCAAGGGAGAGGAACAUGCAGCAGACGUACGAGGCUCUGAGCUGCGAGGUCACUCGUCUCCAUUCAGAGCUGAAGCACCAAACGGGCCUGAUCAGGAAGCUCAGGCCACUCAUCAGUGAGACAAGACAAGCUGCCUCCACAGUUCCAGUCCAGUGUCUGGACGACGUGGAAAAGAACAACCACGCAGUUCCCCGGGCGUCCGUGCCUCGCCCCCCUAGUGCCCCCCCACUCCCCUCGUGCUCCGGCCGCCCCUGCCCCCCUGUUGGCGGACAGUCAGGCACCCUGCUGCCGGACAGCCUGAGGGAGGACUGCUGGUACAAUGGGCCCUGGCCCUCCCAGAGCUGUUCAGGAGAGGCUCUGGUUGGCAGCGACACCUGCUCUGCCGUCCUGCCCCCGCCUCCCCUGAACCAAGCUUCCCUGGAUGACAGCUCGCGGUCCUUCCCCAGCCCCCCCAAACCCAGUGACGCCAUGUUCUGGGAGGGACACUCCGCUGCAUCCAACUUCUCAUCAUCAAUUGGAAACUGCUGUCCCAGGAGCCCUCCCAAUGCCGAGUGGGCCAAGCCCUAUUGAGAGGAACUUCGAUGGGAUGAUUAAAUAGUGUCUAAUUGGACGGAAAAUAAACAAAUGGAUGAAUGAAUGGACUCUCCAACCCUGCCACAUAGCUACCACCUAACCUGCCUUAAGUUGAGAAGACCACUCCUCUUGGCUGGACUGCACUGGACCUGCUGGUUGUGGGAACUAAUUGUGGCCAGAGGAGGCCUUUCUGAGGUAAAGACUCUGUAAACUCAUCGCUAUCUCUGCACACCGCAUCGGUGAACACAUCGGACAUUGCAGAGGAACAUUUGACGAGUGACCCUCAGCAGAAUAAAAUAGUCUGUCAGUGUGUAUGUGUCCUUGUAUGCACAUGCAUAAGUGUGUGCAAGCAGUUUUAUUUCUGUGUGUGCAUAUACACACAUCAAACAGAGUGUGCCUGUGUGCAGAUUAUGUGGGCAUCUUUCGCCUGCCUGUAUCUGUAUAUUGUCAUAAUAAACGUAAUAGGGCUCAAAGGGCCUCUUUCUCCAUUCACUGUGGCCGGUGAUCACUGGGGCCACAGCAUUGUACUAGAAUUUGUAAAACUGUACUCUUCCAAUGCAAGUCUUUUUACAUUUGAUCGCUGUAAAGUAAACAAGGUAUGUAGUCCCAUGUAUGUCUCAUGAUCGUGUGAAGGAGAUGAGUAGGUAUGAGGACUUGAUGUGAUUGUUACUGUGAUGGAGAUAAUCAGAUUUUAACAGCUACCAAAUGACAUCUUUUUUUAUUGUUUCUUCUCAAAUCUUUCGUUUUUAUUAACGCUCUUAUGGAUCAAUAUCAAAGUAGGCUGUCAAUCUAGCUAUGCUCACCAAAUCAUUUUUGAGAAUGCACUUGCAGUAUUUGGAUUUUUGAGGAUAUUGUGUAAUGAGUAGCAAAUAAUAACAUUAAUCUAAAAAUGUAUCGCUUUCUGAAAUAAAACACUGCACCCUCACUGGCACCAGAAAAGGUUCAACUGUUGUUUCAAAGAUUUUCACAGAAAUGUUACAAAUCAAGCAAGCCUCCCUAAAACCUGCCUGUUAUCACAUGUUCAGAACUACUGUCAGACAAUAUCUCUUGUGUUGUUUUCUUUUCUCAGUUGUAAAGGGACAUGUGAGAUGCAAAGCUGUGCAUUGUUGGUUUGAAGGACUCCUGGAAAAUGCUUCACACUCUCGUGUAUUUGAAAUGUGAUUAAGGUGGAAACCUGAUUUAGGUUUGUAGAGAUUUGGAGUUCUAAAAAAAAAAAGAUGUAUCUAAACUGUACUGUGCUGAUGUUAAUCAAUGAUACAUUUGUAAGUUGUUGUGUGAGGAGGGAUGUUUCUCUUUGAUUUCUCUUUAUAAGUCGGAGUAUAAACAUCUGAAGGAUGUACAAAAGAAAACACAUUAUGAGUAGAAUACAAAGAUACACUGAGGGAACAAUGUGCAUAUUUGUAUAAAUGUAUAUGGUGGGCUUCAGUACUCUGCCAAAUGCAGUUUUGCACUCCAAACCAUAGUUGUUUUUUUCCUCCCCCCGGCUUCUGAUGUGUAUAAGAGUUGUCUCCGAUGGUGACAAGACAAUAAGUCUAUAAACCUGAAGAAAUGUGAGCUGUGACAUGACAAAUAGGUGCACAAAGCACAAAGGCCCAUGGUUGUUGAAAAUACUUUUACUUUUUCCAUUUUCUGUUCCAUAACUGUGGUCUUUUUGUUCAUUUUUAAGAAAUGUUAUGUUACAGCAGUAGUUUCAUACUUCUGUAAACAAUUUGCAAACCAAAAUGCAAUGUACAGUAGAUAUGGAUUAUAUUUUAGAUUUACUGCACUUCAGACUGUUUGUAAAUAUGAUCAAUUAAACAAAGGAAAGGAAGUGACUGUGUGAGGUUCCUCUGUCGCAUCAUAUUUUAAUCAAGAAGAUGCUUUGGUUUUUGCAUAUCAAGAUACUUAACAGUUGAAACCAGCAAUAACCUUCCGGUCCACAUUUAUUUGACACUUAAUGUCUCUGCUACAGAUGAUGCAGUCCUUCACAAGGCCUCCACACUAGUGCUGAAACAUCCAAUGUUUCAACUCUGAUUUUCAUAUUUGAUCAACUAAUGGUUCAAAUCAUGUGUCCAUUAAAAAUGCCAAACUUUUCCAGGUUCAGACUUCUCAAUGUGAGGAUUUGCUGCUUUUCUCUCAAUUUAAAAACAUAAUUUAGGCUCUGGAAACAAGAUUGGCAUUUGCCAUUUAUUAUUACACACUACUUUGAAAGAGAAAUCUGUAAUAUGUUUUCAAUAAUGUCAAAUGUCAAACCAACAGUUGUGGAGUCAAUCAGCUGUCGCCAUAAAGAGAACGAGAGAAAACAUUAAUGGAGCCAGGAGAUAACUACUCUUUAUAUUACAAGGAUAUCCCAUGACAGUAACUCGCUGGUACCUUCACUCAUAAUGUGCCUUUGUUGGUUCUUUGAAUUAGAUAUAGAACAAAGAACAUAUGAGAUAUGAGCCUGAACCAUCUUGUCUCAUGAAAAUCAAAGACACAAAAAUGAACAAACAUUUAAUUUUGAAAUUGUUUCUCACAAAAAAUAAACGGAUUAAAUAAAGUAAUGUGUUUUAGAAGUUAACUUAGCAGCAGACUGUUCUGUUAGUGUGGUCUGACUAAUGCUGAUGCUCAGCUCACUGUCAAUAUCUAAAUACAAAACAGAAAACGUUUAACCGCAGCUGUACGAAUGAAAGAG